AUGACUAGGUACGGGGGUAUGGGGAGGACGCGCCCAAAAAAGCUCACUUCCAAGGCUUCCAUCCCCAUAGUGAGGGAGGAUCAAAUAGACUUCAUCGACGAAGAUGUCCAGGCCGCCCUCCAACAGGUCGAGACCGGUGUGGAAAAGGCCGAAGAAUCGGAAAUUCACCUUCAAGCUGCCAUUAACGCCGUAGCCCUCGGAAAAAUCAGCGAAGCCAACAUCCCCACGCCCGAAACUGUCCUUAGCUCCAUUAGAUAUGAUGAGCUAUAUCCUCCAACAUUCUCACAGCCAGCCACAUAUAUUCGCUUUUCCUCCACGGUGGAGGAUUGCUGUGGAUGUACAUAUGAUCUUGUGGAGGAAGAUGAUGUCUUCCUCAAGAUAAUGAAUGAGAAGAGGGACCCUUCUAGUCCUCCGUGCACGGAAGACCAAUUUGAAGAAGUGAUGCAAUUUUUUGAAGAGACAGCGCAAACAAAACAACCAUACGCAGCCGUAGACCAUCCACCUGUCCUGUCUUUCGCGGAGAUUGAGGAGUCCUUCGAUGCUGCCGUAGAUGAACACAUCAAGAAAUUUGCCAAGGACAUAUACGAUCAUUGGAAGUCGAGGAGAGUUAACAAGGGCAAUAGCCCCUUGCAAUCGGCGCUCAAGUUCGAAACGGGCCAAGAAACCGACGAUGGAGAUCCAUAUGUAUGUUUCCGUAGGCGCGAAGUGCGACAGAUUCGCAAGACCCGUGGUAGGGAUGCACAGAGCGCCGAAAAGCUUCGUAAGCUUCGCAAAGAACUGGAAGAUGCGCGUCAAUUGGUUGCUUUCGUGCGGCAGCGAGAGCUUGCCAGAAAAGAAAUGUUCAUCAUUGAAAAGCAAGUCUUCCAACAACGUGCGCAAGUCAAGGAUAUGAAACGGAAACUUGGAAUCAAAGAUGACGAUGAGGAUCUUAUCAACCAGAAGCCGAAAAAGAAGCCAGUCGAAGUACCAGCGAUACAACGUCCUGUUCCAUCACAUCUUCGCAUAUCUCAGCGACCCGGAACCCAAGCUGCCGAAGACUUGCAGCUGUUGGAAGAGGUCCAAGCCGAGAAGGAGAAUGAAAUCAUUCGUGACAUUAAGCAAAACCUGCAGAAGCACUUAAAAUGGAACGAGGGGUACAUUGAUCACACGACUGCUCCGCUCACACCGUCUCCCAAGAGAAGCUUCGAAGCUGCAUUCCGCCCUGCAAUCACGACCCAAUUGCCCACACCACCAUCUUCAGAUUCAUCGGAUGCAAAUGAUGUCGCGCUAGAUUCCCUGCAUCCAUACUUCCGCGAUCGAUUCGCAAGCAUGGAUAUGGAUGAUGACACCACCAAGAUGCCGUCAUUCAGGAGGCGUGUAGGCCGAGGCGGACGAGUGAUGAUAGACCGUCGUAAUUUGGCGACUAAAUUCAAAUCGGACAUUGACCCCAUCAUCCUUGAUCGGUUCAAAUAUGAUGGCGAUGACGAUGACGAUGAAGAUUUGGUUUUUGAGCGUGAUAAAUAUGACAUUCAAAUAAUGCAGCAUCGUGCUAUAAUGGCUGCGAAGGCCCGUGAAGUAGCACAGAUGCAGGCCCAAGCUCAAGCUCAUGCUCAUGCGCAGGCUCAAGCCCAACGACAGUUGCUCGGAGAGCGCAAUGCAUCUGGGGCAGCAGGGGGCUCCAAUCCUGAUCCGGGAGCAGUCGCCAAGAAUGCUUCCACCUAA